AUGGAUGUUGACGCCAUGGAGACGAUGGAGGUGGCAGCUCUCGGCCGACCUUUCAGCCUCGGGAUGCUGUAUGACUGCCGUAAAGACUCACUCAUCCCCGGCAUCACAUUGUGGGACCUUAACGAUCUGAAAAAUGAUCUACGAGAAAAACCUCAGCACUACAACAAUUUUGACAUAGUUGCAUCUGAAUCAAUUGCAGAUAAAUCUUCAGCAUUAAACGUUGAAGCCUCCCUGAAGGCAAGUUUCUUAUGUGGACUAGUAGAGGUUGGAGGAUCUGCCAAAUACCUGAAAGAUAGUAAAACAUCCAAAAAUCAGGCCAGAGUAACACUGAACUACCAAGCAACCACAAAGAUGCAGCAACUGUCAAUGAAUCAACUUGGAAAAGUCAAGCAUCAAAAUGUCUUUGAUAAAGGAAUAGCAACACAUGUAGUCACAGCUAUCCUUUAUGGGGCACAAGCCUUCUUUGUCUUUGACCGUGAGGUUUCUGAUGAAGAAAGUCAUCAAGACAUUCAGGGCAACAUGAAGGUGAUGAUCAAGAACGUCCCCAGCCUCGCAAUAGGGGCAGAAGGGUCCCUCAAAAUUGAUAAAAAGGACACUGAAAAGGUGGAGAAGUUCUCCUGCAAAUUUCAUGGAGACUUUUUACUGAAGAAAACUCCAACAACCUUUCAGGAUGCCGUACAAGUCUACCAAAGCCUGCCACAACUGCUGGGAGCCAAUGGAGAAAAUGCUGUACCAGUGAAAGUCUGGCUGCUGCCACUUGAGUUUUUAGAUUCUAAAGCUGCUAAACUCGUCCGUCAAAUAAGUUUAGGAUUAGUGCAGAAAUGUCAGAGUGUCCUGGAGGACUUCACUGAGCUGGAAAUGAGAUGCAAUGAUGCAAUAAGAACCACCACUGCACAGCAGUUCCCACAGAUUGGUGAAAAAUGUAAGACUUUUGCAGAUUUUUGCCUAAAAUUAAAGCUUGAACUCAAACAAAACUUGGCAAAGAUACUUCCAUCAAUCCGGGGAGGAGGGGAAGAAGAGGCUGUGCUGGCAGAUAUCCUGAAGAAGAGACAUUCUUCUCCUUUCAACAACACAAGCCUGAACAAGUGGAUGGACUGUAAAGAGAAAGAAAUCCGCAUCUUAAAAUGUUACACCAAAAUGAUGAAAAACACCAAGAUUGUCCCAUCUCAAGGUGUGCUUGAAGAGGAAACUCUGAUUGCAGAACAUGCUGUGUGUUUUGUUUUCACCUCACUGGGCAGUGCUGAACCGUACCUCUCAGCUUUAUCAAACUACUUAGAAGAAAAACCCAAACCAGACAACCUUCAAGAUCCACGUUGUCAUGACAUAGAGAAAGAACAAUGGUACGCCUCUAAAGAAGUAUCAGAUGUAAUGAGGAUCAAAGCAAAGCUGUUCAGUGAUUUUGCAGAGGCCAACAAAGAGAAUAAGAACAUAAAGUUCCUGACAGUGGGUUUAACAAAUGAGACACAGAAAGGUUCAAGCAUCUACGUUUAUAAAGACGUCUUUACUGUCAGUGAGAUCUUUGAGCCGCCUUCAAAGCCUGAAACAGUGACAGCAGGUGAUGUAACCCACAACAGUGUGACACUGAAGAUCUCUACACCAAGAUUUGGAGCAGAGAACAUCACCUCCUACUCUGUGGAGUAUUGUGUCAGUGGAGAGGAUGGAUGGAAACAAACAACAGCAGCAAAAGCUGAAGAAGUCACAAUGAGCAGUCUAACUCCUAACACAGAGUAUAUGUUCAGAUGCAGAGCAGUGACCUCAGUAGGUGUUGGACCAGCUGGUGAAGUCAGUGGUCCCAUUAAAACUUUACCUUGCAGCCCUCCUGGAAAACCUCAAGUUGAAACAAACUCAAGUGAGAUAUCAGUUAGCUGGGAGAAACCUGCAGAGAUUGGACAAGAUGUCCACAUUUUGAGCUACAUUGUGGAGUACGCCCAAACAGACAAAGAGGUGAAAGACGAAGAUCUCCAGUGGAACCAAACGGUGUCAAGAGCUGAAAAGGGGAUAAUUUCAGGUCUUCAGUCAGAGACAGAAUAUGCAGUCAGGGUCAGGUGUGACUGUGGUGAAGCUGGUAGAAGCAAAGGAAGCAUCACUGUGAAUGUCUGCACAACAAAACAUGGAUUGAAACACUUCCCUAAAUUCCAGAAACGGAGGUCUUUUCAAGGGCUGAUUGAUUUUGUGAAAGAAAAAAGCACACUGCUGAAACCACAGACAGGGUCUCUCCCUGUUUAUAAAAUUCCCCUCAAAGAGGAACAAAUCAAUGUUCCUGGGUGCAAGCGUUUAAGUUUUGGGAACGAAUCAACCAAACCUAAUCGUACCAUCAUGGUUCUCGGAGCAACUGGUGCUGGGAAGUCAACUCUGAUCAAUGGAAUGAUUAAUUAUAUUUUAGGUGUUGAAUGGGAGGAUUCAUUUCGGUUUAAGUUAGUUGAUGAGGGUCAGUCGAAAUCACAAGCUGAAAUUCAGACUUCUGAAGUCACUGUGUACAAAAUCAACCACCAGGGAGGCUUUAAAAUUGAGCACUCUCUGACUAUUGUGGACACUCCAGACUUUGGAGAUACAAGAGGAAUAGAAAGAGACAGAAUGAUCACAGAGCAGAUACAUAAUCUCUUCACUGCUCAGUCUGGUGUCAGUGAAAUUGAUGCUGUGUGUUUCGUAGCUCAAGCUGCUUUAGCACGACUCACACCAAUACAGAAGUAUGUCUUUGAUUCUGUACUUUCAAUCUUUGGCAAAGAUGUGGCAGAAAACAUCAGAGUUCUGGUGACAUUUGCAGACAGCCAACGUCCACCAGUUCUAGAGGCAAUCAAUAAAGCAGGUGUCCCAUGUCCUAAAGCAAAAGACGGGCUGCCUGUUCACUUCAAAUUCAAUAACUCAGUGUUAUUUGCAAACAACAAAUCAUUUGCAGCAAACAGCUCAGAUGAUGAAGAUGAUGAAGAUGGAAGAUUUGAUCAGAUGUUUUGGGACAUGGGGACAAAAAGUAUGAAGAGGUUUUUUGUUGCUCUGAAUGUCAUAGAAACCAAAAGCUUGACAAUGACGAAGGAAGUCCUCAGAGAAAGAAAGCAGCUCGAGGUUUCAGUUGAAAAUUUGCAGCAGCAGGUUAAAGUUGGGUUAGCCAAGCUUGAGGAGAUAAAAGAGACGACUGAAAAACUGAGAGAUCAUGAGGCAGAGAUCAACAGGAAUGAGAAUUUUGAGUUUGAAGUCACCGUCACAAAGCCUGUUCAAGUAGAUAGUUCUGGUACUAGAAACUACAUGACCAACUGUCAGCAGUGUCGCCAAACCUGCCACCAAAAUUGUCCCUAUGGAAAUGAUGCAGAUAAAUAUAAAUGCCCUGUAAUGGGACGAGAUGGACGCUGUACUGUGUGCCCUGGCAAAUGUCAUUGGUCUUCACAUUUUAAUCAGAAGUACAGAUGGGAGUAUAAGGAGGUGACAGAAAAGCGAACAGUGAAUGAGAUGAAAGAAAAGUACCUAAAAGCCUCAGAGGCUAAGGUGACUGUUUGGGAUUUGAUUAAUAAAUUGAAGGCUGAAUAUGAAUGUGUGCAGGAAAAGGUGAAGAAAUUGAUGGAGGAGUCUACAAAGUGUUUAAACAGACUCAGAGAGAUAGCACUGAAGCCAAAUCCUCUCUCCACUCCAGAGUACAUUGACAUGCUUAUUGAGGGAGAGAAAUCUGAGGGCAAACCAGGAUGGAUGCAACGAGUUCGGGCCCUGAUUGACAUGAGAGAAAAAGAAGAGUUAAAGGCUAAAUUAGAGAGAGGAGAGAAACUCCUCAGAUAAUUAUGCCUGAAACACCAUUUGUAUCAUAUUUGAUGAACGAGUUUCAGAGACCUUUACAUCAUCAACAAGUGGAUCUUCAGAGUAAUGCAGGAAACAGUGAUCCCUUAUUUCAAGCUGGCUGCCGCUGAGUUGUGUCACAUGACUUAACCACACUUUUUACUAUUUUUUAGUCUCCUUCAUAUUCUAAGAUGAGCAUUUGCUGGA